CAGACUGUUGCAUCGUCUCAGUCCUUUUGGUGGCGCUGUGCUCAUCUCAGGUCCGACAUCAGAGGAAGAACCACAGAAGAAGUACAGGACCGCUGCUAAAGGAUAAUAGCGACAUACGUCCAAUAGAACCAUUGGCGUCGUUUUGCUGGGCAGCAGAAAUGCCUCUGGGUUUGAAACCGUGCUGCUCUGUCUGUAAGACGAACUCUUCCUCGAUGUGGAAGAAAGGAAACCAGGGCGAAAUACUGUGCAACAACUGCACAGGAAAGAGCGGCGGCGGCGGCGGAGCUUCUGGACCCUCCGUGUCCACCAGCGCGCUGCCCAGCAACGGCGGUGGAAAGCAGUCCAAGCAGGAGAUCCACAGGAGGUCUGCACGGCUGAGAAGCACCAAGUACAAAGCUCCUGCCUCUGAGAAAAAAGUCUCCACAAAAGGCAAAGGAAGGAGGCACAUAUUCAAACUCAAAAACCCAAUCAAAGCACCAGAAUCCGUGUCAACAAUCAUCACAUCCGAAUCUUUAUUUUACAAGGGUGUGUACUACCAGAUAGGUGACGUGAUCAGGGUCAUAGACGAGGACGACGGGAAGCCGUAUUACGCUCAGAUCCGAGGAUUUGUGCAGGACCAGUACUGCGAGAAGAGUGCAGCGCUGACGUGGCUCAUCCCCACUCAGGCCAGUCCGAGCGACCACUUUGAUCCAGGGACGUACAUUAUAGGACCAGAGGAGGACCUGCCCAGAAAGAUGGACUAUUUGGAGUUUGUGUGCCACGCCCCUUCUGAAUAUUUCAAGUCACGCAGCUCUCCGUUCCCUACCAUCCCUCUAUGUCCGGAAAAAGGCUUCAUCUGGACCCACAUAGGACCUACACCAGCGCUGGGUGCCAAAGAGUCUGCCAGCAGCGCGAGUUAAUGGGACUUUUCUGUGAUAUGGACUUAUUCUGUUGCUUUGAAACAGGUGAAUGUACAUAAUGUGUAUUAUAGAGAAAACAGACUUAUUUCAGUUUAAAGGCAAGUUGCAAUCUCAUGGGUUGUCUUCAAGACAGACCAUUUGUAACCACAUUUUAAGGAAAACGUUCACACGGUGGAAACAUUGGAUUCAUACUUUUUGUAUUUGACAAUAAAAAAAAUCUUGUAGCA